CCGGCGCUUCCUUCCUUCCUCCCUCCGUACAUCCCUCUCUCUCUCCCUCUCUCCUGCCCUCUUCGCCUCUUCUGCCCAGCCAUCCCUGACGACGCGAGGCGGCAAAUAACCUCUCCGGGGACGAGGCCGAUGGAGUCGACUUCCGGCGAAGACGCUCCGAAGCGCAACCCGCUCCCGUCCGCGCUCGUCUCCAACCUCGAGUCUGUGCUUGCCGCCCGCCGCCCGGCCGCGGCCGAGGUCAGCACCGCCGCCGCAGCCGGCGAGGCUGAAGCCUCGGCUCCCGAGGAUGCCCCCUCUGGAGAUGGGGCGCCGGCGAGGCCCAUCGUGCUGCUGACCUGUGCCGGGGGGAUCCGGUCCGCGGGUCUUGCGGCGCUCGUCGACGCCCUCGUUACCGGCGCCCGCUGCGACGUCCACGUGUGUGCUCCCGAAUCGGACAAGCCAGCCUGUGGCUACUCAAUUACCAUCCGUGAAACCAUCACUGCGACAUCGGUGGAUUUCACAGGUGCUAAAGCUUUUGAGAUAUCAGGCACGCCGGUUGACUGUGUCUCGUUGGCCUUAUCUGGGAGGUUGUUUCCUUGGUCGUCUCCUGCUUUGGUGAUCAGCGGUAUCAACACAGGACCAAACUGUGGGUUUCACUCUUCUGCCAUUGCUGCUGCAAGGGAGGCCUUAGUGUAUGGGGUGCCUUCAAUUGCAAUCUCAUUGAAUUGGAAGAAGGAUGAAACCAAAGACAGCGACUUCAAGGAUGCAGCUCAGGCAUGCUUACCAUUGAUAAAUGCUGCCUUGGAUGACAUUGAGAAAGGAACUUUCCUCAGAGGAUGCCUAUUGAAUAUUGGAGUUCCAAGUGCACCAUCUGCAAUUAAGGGUUUCAAGUUGACCAAACAGAGUGGAUAUAGUCCUGCUCAAAGUUGGCAAGCUGUGUCAGCAAGCAGGCCCUCAUCUGCUACUCACUUCAUGGGCAUGCACCAAAGCCUUGGUAUUCAGCUGGCGCAGCUUGGGAAGGAUGCAUCUGCAGCAGCAGCUGCACGUAGAGUUAGUGGUCAACGAAAGGCGGUCGAGGUUGAGUCUGUUGCAACUGCUGGUAAACAAGAGACUCGAGAAGUAGUGAAGAAGUUAUUCCGUGCUGAGUUUGUCGAGAGGCAACAUCAAGGUUUAGAUGAGGAUACCGAUUUGAGAGCUUUGGAGAAUGGAUUUGUAUCGGUCACCCCUCUGAAUGUUCAUGGGCAAGUGGAGCCUGAAAUCCAAGCCCCAGCUUCAGAUUGGCUCUCAGCAGCUGUAUCACUAGAGAAAGAAAAGGAAGCUGCUCCAGCUACAGCUGAAGCUCAUUCAGCAGCCUAACAAACACGCAGACAUGUACACACUCCGUAGGUGCCUUAGUUCCUGUGGUGAUGGCGCUCUUUUCUCUCUUCCGUUUAUCAGUUCAGUUUGUUUAGUAUUUCUCCCGCAAUAUUUGUUUGGCGCAGUGUCUAUUUUUUUGUUCAUCUUUUCAGCCGACUAUCGGCUUCCUUGGCCGUGCAAAUGAUUUGAUGCAGGUGGCCCUACAUUUUGGAUGCAACCAUGUAGGCUACGGCAACUACCAGAUGAAUACUGCCCAGCCCCCCACUAUUUUUUCAGUGUGGUUUGUUCUAGGAAGGUGUUGUAUUCAGCAUGGGAUAUAGUUGAUUUUGUCUUGCACCGGUCUGAACCGUGGCCACCAAAUAUGUUUUGGCCGCUUGUAACCAGAAAUGCAAUCGCAACCAUUCAAGGGCCUGUUUGUUUUAUCUUAAUUCACAUUGAUCGGAGAGAAUUUUAGGAGUUUAAAUCUAUAGCAAAUCAAAAUCUGUCGACCUCUCCUAGUCCCCUCCAGUCUAUAUGGGAUAUAAAUAACUGAACAAGGUCUAAUUCUGCAAUUUUACUUUUGCAUUUAGGUCAUGGCUAUCAAGGUGAUUAUACUAUUCGUUGGCCUUGC